AUGAGCGGCAAGCUUGCUAGCGAGUACCCCGCUUGGAAGAAGCUUCAGGAGAUCUACAACAGCGAGCAUGGCAAGCUCGUUCUCAAGGACCUCUUCGCUCAGGACCCGGAGCGGUUCGCAAAGUUCAGCCGCGAGUACACCGCGGAGGACCCAUCCGUGACCUUCCUCCUCGACUUCUCGAAGAACCUGAUCACCGAGCCCAUCCUCGCCACCCUCCUCGACCUCGUCCGUGAGGCCCAGCUCGAGUCCUUCCGCGACAAGAUGUUUGCGGGCGAGCACAUCAACACCUCCGAGGACCGCGCGGUGUUGCACGUCGCGCUGCGCAACUUCGAUGACUUCAAGAUUCAGGAGGCCGGUGCCGACGAGGUCGCGAAGGUGCUCGCGCACAUGAAGGAAUUCACGGUGGCGGUCCGCAGCGGUGCGUGGAAGGGGUACACGGGCAAGACCAUCAACACGAUCGUCAACAUCGGUAUCGGCGGCUCGGACCUUGGCCCGGUCAUGGUCACCGAGGCGCUCAAGCCGUACGCGAAGCGCGACCUGACCGCCCACUUCGUCUCGAACAUCGACGGCACGCACCUUGCGGAGACGGUCCGCGAAUGUGACCCGGAAACGACGCUCUUCAUCAUCGCGAGCAAGACGUUCACGACCCAGGAGACGAUCACGAACGCCGAGUCCGCCCGCGACUGGUUCCUCGCCACCGCGAAAGACAAGGCGCACGUCGCGAAGCACUUCGUAGCGCUCAGCACGAACACGAAGGCCGUCACCUCGUUCGGCAUCGCGGAGGCAAACAUGUUCCAGUUCUGGGACUGGGUCGGCGGCCGCUACUCGCUCUGGUCCGCCAUCGGUCUCUCAAUCGCGCUCGUCAUCGGCUACGACAACUUUGAGCAGCUGCUCAAGGGUGCGCACGGCAUGGACAAGCACUUCACGACCGCACCGCUCGAGAAGAACCUGCCGGUGCUGAUGGCAGUCAUGGGCCUCUGGUACAAUGACUUCUACGGCGCGCAGACCCAUGCGCUCCUGCCGUACGACCAGUACCUCCACAAGUUCGCGGACUACUUCCAGCAGGGCGACAUGGAGUCCAACGGCAAGUCGAUCACCAAGGGGGGCCAGCGUGUUGACUACCAGACCGGCGUACCCCAUAUCUGGGGCGCGGCGGGCACGAACGGCCAGCACUCGUUCUACCAGCUCGUGCACCAGGGCACGAAGAUCAUCCCCGCCGACUUCCUCGCGCCCGCAACGACGCACAACCCCAUCGCGAACUCGAAGCACCACCGCAUCCUGCUCUCGAACUUCUUCGCGCAACCCGAGGCGCUCGCGUUUGGCAAGACGGAGGAGCAGGUGCGCGCGGAGCUCGGCUCCGGCGCGUCCGAUGCGCUCGUCAAGUCCAAGAUCUUCGAGGGCAACCGGCCGAGCAACUCCAUCAUGUUCCCUCUCCUCACGCCCGCGACGCUCGGCGCGCUCAUCGCCCUCUACGAGCACAAGAUCUUCACCCAGGGUGUUGUCUGGGGCAUCAACUCGUUCGACCAGAUGGGCGUCGAGCUCGGCAAGGUUCUGGCGAAGAACAUCCUCGGCCAACUCGGCAAGCCAGAGGACGUCACCGGCCACGACAGCUCGACCACCGGCCUUAUACACUACUAUCAGAAGUGGAGGAAGGAGUGA